AUGGCGUCGAAGCUCUCAUCUGUUACACGGGCCAGCCGGGUGCUGCGCCAAUUCCCCAUUUCUCAAUACAGACCCUUUUCCGCCGCUCCCCAACGGCUCAGUGACACCCUCUCAGUGUACAAGAAGGCCGCCGUUAUGCCUCUGCUCGACCUUGGCCAGCGCCAGCAUGGCUUCACCAGCAUCAGCGUAAUGAACGAGGUUGCUCGCAUGCUCGAGAUGCCCCCCAUGCGUGUUUACGAAGUCGCAACCUUCUACACAAUGUACAACCGUGAGCCUGUUGGCAAGUACUUCCUCCAGAUCUGCACUACGACCCCCUGCCAGCUCGGCGGCUGCGGCUCCGACGCUAUCGUCAAGGCCAUCAACGAGCACCUCGGAAUCACCCCCGGCCACACCACCGAGGACGGGCUCUUCACCUACAUCGAGGUCGAGUGCCUGGGUGCCUGCGUCAAUGCUCCCAUGGUCCAGAUUAAUGACGACUACUAUGAGGACUUGACUCCCGAGUCCAUCAAGUCUCUUCUCACUGCCUUGAAAGACUCUGCCAGCGCCACUGGCAACGCCACCAAGGUUCCUGCCCCCGGCCCCAUGACCGGCCGUGAUACCUGCGAGAACAGCGCCGGCCUCACCAACCUUAAGGAAGUCCCCGAGUGGAACCCCGAGAUCAUGAUGCGCAAGGACGGUGCUCUGGAUCAGCCCCAGCAAUAA